UUAUUUUGAUGGUGUCGUGUUUCCUGAAGUGACGUAGCAAAAGUAAAGCGCAGUCCUCGGUAACAUCAGGCGAGUGACCGUCAGCUGUUUCCACCUGAGCAGGUCAAUAAAAGCUGACUCAUCUCUGAGCCUGUGGCUGGUCUGCAGAACGAGCUGCUGUUAGCAGGAAGUGAAGGGCGGACAUGACAAACCACAGAGUCAUGUGACAGCAGAAGAAGAACGACACGGAGCAGCUCUGAGACUGAAGGUUUGUCCGGCUCUUUACUCCUGCAGAGUGUUUCAGAGGAGAGCGGGCGAGCUGAUGAUGUCUGGAUGUUCUACAGAGUGAUGAAGACUCCGAGGGCUUCAGCAGCCUGCGGGGAAAUAACCAGGCUUCCUGUGAUGCUGCUCGUCCUCCUGUCAGUCUGUGAAUGUGACAGCGUGGAGGUCAAAGGUCACACAGGUCAAGACAUCACUCUGUCCUGUAAAUAUGACAGGAAAUAUCACGGCGCUCUGGCAGCGUGCUGGCAGCGAGGAGAGAUACCAGCCAGGGGCUGCUCCAAUCAGCUGAUCUCCACAGAUGGACUCAGAGUGUUAACCAGAGCUUCCAGCAGGUAUGAGCUGCUGGGCCGACUGGAGGACGGAGACGUCUCUCUGACCAUAAAGAGCCUGACAGAGGGAGACGCUGGACGAUACGGCUGCAGGGUGGAGAUACCCGGCUGGUUCAACGAUGAGAAGCAUCACAUCGAUGUGAGCGUCGUCACAGCUCCUCACAUCUUCACCACCGUCACCACCGUGGUGGGACAAACAGGAAGUGAUGUCACAGCCACAGGCUCGAUGCCGACGCAGACUCCGACCGAG